CCUAGGAGCGCAGUGCUCGCACCCUAUGCGGUCACGCCACACGUGUCGCCACCACCGUCGUUCUCAGGCUUACGUGUGCUCACAUUGAGAAAGGUGCGCACUGACACCCCGCGCGCCGUUUAGCUUCGUACUUCAUCUCUCUUCCUCGUAAACAUUUUCAUUUUCCUUUUUCCCGCAAUGGGCCAAUGAAUGAUUUCCUUUCCCAUCCUAUCUAUUGUUUCCCUCUUUCCUUGAAAAAUUAAAAAACUCCCCAAAACGGCAAAACCCGCCGCCCCCCGUCUCUCUACUCUCCACCAGCCCCUCGUCUCUCCGAAUCGUUUUUCUCCCCCCCUCUCUCUCUCUUCUUCAACACUCCGUCACUCUCCCUCUCGUUCUACAGCUAGAAUACGCAGCAGGAAAAACGUAAUCUGUACUGCUUGUCUCAGCUGGAUAUCGUUUUUCUGUUACUUCUCUGCAGCUAGCCAUUGGAGCAGUAUCAUCAAAAGCUUGAAGUGCUCGAUUUAGUCACGAGAUCGUCGAUUGAAUUUCGGAGCUGGUGAGCGAAAGCACGGCCACCGGAAAUGCGUUUUCCCCCGAAUUCGAUCGAAUUGCAAGUGCACGGCGGAGGAGGAGAUCAAGCCAACUCCGUUAACGUGACCUGAUCAGCAGAAAGGUUUCCCUCUCCCUCACGGCGAUUUAUUGCCUUCUUUCUUCCUUUUUCGCUGGUUCGGUGAAGUCGACGGCGGGGGACGCUCGUGCGUUUGGAGUUUGGAGUCGGUUUCUCGUGAAGCUUUUUUGAGGGAAAAGGAGGGGCUGAGACUUGAGAGCUGAGAUUUUUUUUUUUUUUUGGGGCCCAAAAGCGAAAGAAUGCCUCACAGAGCGACUUACUUCUUCCCGAGGCAAUUCCCCGAUCGGCAGUCACCUCUCGAUGCGACGUCGUCGAAGAAGCAGCUGUUGGAUCACGAGAAGCAAAAGGCGUCAUCGAAAGAGACGUUUACCUGCGAAAACGACGGCCUCCACCGGGACUCUGCCACAGUUGGCAGCAGCGAUCCACCAGCUCCGAAAGCGACCUCGAUCGCCGCCACGACUUCGCCACUUUCCGAUCUCUUCACGAGCAGCGACGACGACAGGUACCACCAGAGGGAGAAUUAUGGAGACAAAUCCCGGAGGAAGAAGAAGCAGCUCGCCGAUUUCCGUGACUGGCUGGCCGAGAGGAAGGUGGACAGGAGCUCCACCUCUUCUGGUCACGUGAGAUUGAAAACGAGAUUGUCGAGAAGUGAUUAUUACGACGGUGUUGAUGAUUCAGACGACCGCUUGCUGGCGGCGGCAGCGGCGCCGGAGCAAGAGGCUAAGGUUCAGGAUCCGGAUAAUGAGCCCAGGGAGGUUUUCGGAGUCAAGCUGAGGUGCAGAUUGUCGAGCGAUGAAUUCGACGAGACGGAGCGGUUGCUUGCUCCUCCGCCGCCGGAGUCGGAGAUUAACGUAGUGAUGAAGGAUCUCCGUGAUGUUGACCGGAACUUUGACCGGCAGGUCUCGUUGCCGCGAUUCUCCAGCGGGAGUAGUUACGCUGGUAGCUUGUUCUCCGGGACUACGCUUGACGGGAACUUCACCUUCUCGAGCGACCUCAAGGACGCCGCCACGACCGCCACCACACUGGUUCCGGGGGCGACGUCGAGGCAGCGGGAGGCGGCGGCGGUGGCGCAGGAGGUGGCCGACGAGGUGGAGAGAAGCGCGAAGAGUUUCGCGCAGAGGACUAGUGAAAGCUACUGUCUACAGCUUGGUUUGGCCAGGAGGCUGAGUUUGCAGGCUGAUAUUUCCGGCGAGCUCCUGCUAUUGAAAGAUGGCUCGCUUGAGAUUCCCGAUGUUGAAACUGUUUCUUACAGGCUCUGGGUAAGUGGCUGUUUGUCGUACAAUGACAAGAUAUCAGAUGGUUUCUACAAUAUCCUGGGGAUGAAUCCGUAUCUCUGGGUAAUGUGCACGGACGAGGAGGAAGGAAGAAAGCUGCCGUCUCUUAUGGCGCUCAGAGAAGUCGACCCCAGUAAUACUUCAAUGGAGGUGGUUCUCGUUGAUAAACGGAGCGACCCGCGUCUGAGAGAACUCGAGGAUAAAGCUCAAGAGCUGUAUUGUGCAUCGGAGAAUCCAUUGGUGUUGGUGGAGAAAUUGGGUAAACUUGUUGCUAUCUGCAUGGGGGGCAAUUUCCCGUUGGAGCAAGGUGAUAUGCAGCAGCGCUGGAAAUUGGUCAGUGGAAGAUUGAGGGAAUACCAGAAGUGCAUCGUUCUCCCGAUUGGCAACUUAUCCAUGGGACUCUGCAGGCAUCGUGCAAUACUUUUCAAGAAAUUGGCUGACUACAUCGGUUUACCAUGUCGUAUAGCUCGGGGCUGCAAGUACUGUGUUGCAGACCACAGAUCUUCAUGCCUUGUCAAAAUCGAGGAUGACAGACAGUUGUCAAGGGAAUACGUUGUAGAUCUCAUUGGGCAGCCAGGAAACAUCCACGGUCCUGAUUCAACAAUCAAUGGAGGAUUCACUUCUCCAAUACCUUCGCCAUUUCAAAUUCCACAUCUAAGAGAGUUUCAGCAACCUGCAAUGGUUGAUGUGCCAUCUCAACUUGUAGGCUCAAAGAAAUUAUGCAUGUUACCCGAAAAUCAUCCAUGUGCAGGCGAUAAUGAGGAAAGCCAGAAAACUAUUGGAACCGCAAGGGUUUCUGCUUUCAGUGGAGUAGAAAGAGCUUGUUUCGAAAUGGAAUCUUCAAUGAUGCGUUUAGAUUUGGAAACGAAUGCAGAAACAUUUGAUGCUGCUAAGCUUGUCCAAAAGAGCAUUGUAACCCAUACCAAGGUUAGCCUUUCCAUGGAAUCUGAUGUGAAGGAAGUCGAAAGUAAACCAGAUAACAGAAGCCGUUUAUCCUUCCCGACGACUGCCCCUAAUUUUUUGAAUCUCGAGCCUUCACUAGCAAUGGACUGGCUUGAGAUUUCAUGGGAUGAUUUGCAUAUAAAGGAGCGUAUUGGUGCUGGCUCAUUUGGAACAGUGCAUCGUGCUGAUUGGCAUGGAUCGGAUGUUGCUGUCAAGGUUCUCACUGUGCAAGAUUUUCAAGAUGAUCAGUUAAGAGAGUUCUUAAGGGAGGUUUCAAUUAUGAAACGGGUCCGCCAUCCCAACGUGGUUCUGUUCAUGGGUGCUGUCACAAAGCGUCCUCAUCUUUCUAUUGUGACAGAGUACCUACCUAGGGGUAGUCUGUAUCGCCUGAUACACAGGCCAGCUGCAGGGGAGGUCCUGGAUCAAAGGAGACGGUUAAGAAUUGCAUUGGAUGUGGCAAAAGGUGUUAACUAUCUCCAUAGUCUUACCCCUCCUAUUGUUCAUUGGGACCUGAAAUCUCCAAAUCUGUUGGUUGAUAAAAAUUGGACAGUCAAGGUGUGUGACUUUGGGCUCUCUAGAUUCAAGGCCAACACUUUCAUUCCAUCAAAAUCAGUAGCUGGGACACCAGAGUGGAUGGCUCCCGAAUUCCUUCGAGGAGAGCCUUCGAAUGAGAAAUCUGAUGUUUACAGUUUCGGAGUCAUCUUAUGGGAGCUCGUAACCAUGCAACAGCCUUGGAAUGGACUUGGUCCCGCCCAGGUUGUUGGUGCGGUCGCUUUCCAGAACCGAAGGCUCGCAAUCCCACCUGGUACCUCCCCGGUGUUGACUGCCCUUAUAGAAGCUUGUUGGUCCGAUGAACCGGCUCGACGGCCUACGUUCAGAAGCAUAGUGGACUCGUUGAAGAAGUUGCUCAAGUCGCCUGAGAAGUUGAUACAUAUGGGAGUGCCGGCGGCCGAGUAGCCUCGCACCAAAUGCUUUCACUACCCCUAAUUAUUUUGUGCUUUUCCAGUCGGAAUAUCCUGGACAAACUCUGAACCAGAGCUAACUGUCCAGGUCUCAUCCAUCCUAAGACUAACUUAUUCCCAUCGAGAUCUCGACAACGACGGAAAAAUGUAGUCGGAGUGCUAUACGGAUCACAUGAUGUUCUAACCCGCAUCACCAUGCUGCUUAGUGAUGCUCAUUCGGAAAAUGGAUAAAGAAAAAAAAAAAAAAAAGAGAAGAGAACCGACUUCGUUGGGGUUACCAACGUAUAGCAAAGUUUGGAGGCGGUAUAAUCACUGGUACUCGUGGGGAUUGCUUGAACAUGGCGGCCGGCGGGUGGUGUCGUUGCGCCGUUAAUGAGGUAACUUCUUACAAAUUACGAUCUGGUAGAGUGAUUCAAGAAGGAAAGCUAGGUAUCUUGGGAUAUUUUGUUGUUGUUGUUGUGCACUGAAUAUGAGCAAGUGUAAAUGUCAUGAAACAUUGAUAAUGUCUCCGUCAUGACAUGUCUGAUGGGUGGAGGCUCCAUCUAUGAUGCAAUAAUUGUUUGUGGUUCCUAGUUAUUUUAGAGUGAAAUUGCAGACAGUUUCCUAGUUAUUUUUUCUUCAGUUCUGUGCCCAAUAUCGUUUUCUUAUUCGUUCAACUUGUGUGCGACUGGGAGAAUUUGUUCUCCAAGGAGGGGUCGAUACAGUCGUUCUCUUUACAUCUUCAACCAAAAACUUGUGGGCUUUGCUGCUCUGCAUUUUCUCACAACUUCAUGCCUUCGAAUCCUGUGUCGAAUAAUUUAAUACCUGGCCGUGGUGGUAACUUGGAGAAUGAAUGGUGAGUUGAACA